GGUGUGUGACUUUGCUGCAGCUAUAAAAGCCAGAUUGGGUCGGAGUCCCAGCAUUAGUUCCCUCAUUCAGCUCCCAUUGUAAGCAUCUUCAGCCACCAUGCGCGCCUUUAUCCUUAUUUGCCUGUUUGCUGCCAGCUGCAGUGCCGACAAGCUGGGCUACAACUACCAGCCAGUGGCUCACGCUGACGAGGGAUUAUCCUUUGUUCCCGGAGCAGGAGUGCAGCAGGUAGGAGAGAUCCCUCAACUGCUGCAGCCAGUGCAGAGCGGAGAGGCGGUGCUGUCGCAGCCUAUUGAGGCCCCUGCCCUGGUCCAGGCUCCCAUUGCCCCUCAGCCAGCUCCAUUGAUCGAGGAGUUCCAGAAGGAGUUCUUCAGCUACGCCGCUCCCGAGGAGCAGUUCGAUGAGGGAGUCAACAACCAGCAGAUCGCCAACUCUUUGAAGAAGAACUUGCGCGUGGUCUUCAUCCGCACCCCGGAGAACCAGGGCUUCGAGCGCGCCGCUCUGCAGUUGGCCAAGCAGUCUGCCCAGCAGGAGACCGCCAUCUAUGUGCUGACCAAGCAGUCGGAUGUGACCAACCUGGCCAAGCAGCUGAACGCCCUGAAGACCACCUCCAGCAACAAGCCUGAGGUGCACUUCGUCAAGUACCGCACUCCCGAGGAUGCGGCCAAUGCCCAGCUGGCCAUCCAGAACCAGUACAACCAACUCCCAGGCGUUUCCCGUAUCUCCAACGAGGGACGGGCUCCGGUUCUGAACUUUGCCUCCCCAGCCGCCGUGGCUGCCCCUGUUGCCGUGGCAGCUGCCCCCGCCCCCAGCUCUGAGUACCUGCCCGCCAAUGUGGUCUCCGGCCAGGACUACUUGCCACCCACCCUGCGUCGUUUCCGCGUCAAGUAGAUUAUAAUCCCAAGAAAGCUGUGUCCAACGGUAACGUUUCCUAAGCAAUCCAUUGAAAAGUACCUCUCCCCACUCCCAUCGUGUGCAAAUAACUAGCUCUUAAGUAUCCAUGUACAGGAAUAAAAUUUGUUAGCUGACAAA